UUUAAAAUACGUUUUCUUCUUGAUUUUCGCAAUUUAAAUCACGCCCCAGUAGCAGUAAAGCGAAGAGACAUGGUUAGCGGUUACAUUGAUGCAAGCCAUAUCUAUGGUUCUACUCAGGAAAUCGUGGACAAGAUGCGCUCAUUCAAAGAUGGGCUACUCAGCUUACGGAUCUUGUCAGCGUCUCAUGGAGGUCUCCCUCAAGAUGACACCGAUGAGGACUGCAAAAACCGAUCUCCUACCUCUCAACCAUGCUUUUUAGCUGGAAGCUCACGAAUUAAUUUCUUGCCGUCAAAUGCCGUUAUGUAUACGAUAUGGAUGAGACAACACAAUUUCAUAGCCGGAAAGUUGAAGGAAGUCAAUCCGACAUGGUCCGAUGAGAAGCUUUUCCAAGAAGCUCGACGAAUUGUGAUUGCACAGAUCCAACAUAUCACGUACAAUGAAUUCGUGCCAAUUAUAGUCGGAAAGGAGAACCUGAAAAAGCACGCAUUGGAUUUGCAAGUGAAUGGCUACGAUAGCCGUUAUGACAUGAAUAUUGACGGAUCAACAUUGAAUGUAUUCGCCACUGCUGUCGGCCAAUUCUUCCUUACUCUGCUGCCGGACAAGAUUACUGUAACAGAUUCAUUUGGGAACACCAAAAGAGAGGAGCCUCUGGGAAAG